UCGCAAACAGCGCUCGAUAGCUAAGCAGCUGUCACCUAUCGCCUAUCGUCCAUCGUCAGGCCCGACGAACGACUAUUUGAGGAUCACCAUGUCCACUGUCUUCUCCAUCGACGGCUCAAAACGCCCGACUUUGCCUCGAGAUGUACGCCGCAGGCCUUGUUGCGCUUGUAUUCGCUGGCCAGACGCUUUCGGAACCCAUCAAGCUUGCCGUGCAUCAUCACUAUGUGCCGGCCCACCGAGCUCCGGUUCGUCGUGGCGACUUUGCAAUGAUCUCUACGGCCGCGCAAUCUUUUUUCGCCCUCAAUGUCACCGUUGGCACCGAACGCGGCGCACCCUCUUUCUAUAAUCUAUUGAUCGAUACAGGCUCUGCUGUGACCUAUCUUUCUCCUUACCAACCGGGCCCUCACGUCCGCUAUUCGGGAUUCAACUCCAGCACGGUCUAUGCAGAUGGCUCAGAGGCCGACGGCGUUGGCUAUAUCGACGUCAUCCGUCUCGAUGGCUCGCGUUUCGCCGUCAAUGCUACCUUUGCUGGCACACCGGGCACAUCAAAGACCGACAAGGCUGACCCCGAGGAGAUCAAUGGUCUCGUGGCACUCGGACCUCAGAAGCUUUCUGAAGACGACUGGAAGCCGACCAGUCGACAUCCGGGCGAGCGUCCCCUGUCGCUCAUCCCUCAGAUGGUUCACGACAAAAUCAUUGACGAAUAUAUCCUCGGUCUCGGAUUCAGGCCGCUCGAUCUCGUCGGCGGAACUGCGCUCGAUGUGGGCUCCCUCAUGCUCGGCGGUUGCGAUGCUUCCGUCAUGACCGGCCCCCUUACCUGGACACGAAGGACUGGUGUCCAUCUCAACAAAGCCGGAAAGGAGCGACAAUAUUACUCGGUCUAUCUCGAGAUCCCCUCGCUGGGCGUCCACAAGACUGACAAGGUGGCAAGCUUGUUCGCAAUCGACACAGGCAGCACUCAAACAUACCUGCCGGAAGCCGCCUACAGAUUGUGGCUCCGCAAGAGCCCUGUGAUCGUCUUUGACGAUGCACUCGGCGUUCACAAAGUGCCAAAAGCGUCCGUGUCGAAGAUCCAUCCGAUCGACUAUACCAUCGAAGGAAAGACCUACACUCUCAAGCCCGAGUAUCUCGUCUAUCCAGACUACUACGCAGAAUCGCAGACCUGGCCUACAGACCACGCUUACAUCAUGGUCGGCAUUAUCCCGGAUGAGCUCAACAUUGGCGGCAUCAUUGGUGCUUACCAUCUCAUUCAUCUGUACGUCUGUAUUGACGAGCACAACAAUCCGCCCAGAAUCGGCUUUGCGACCACAAAGUACAGCUAGAGUGUUUGGGUCGAGUCAAUGCAGUCUCUCCUUGACUCUUAAGAAAGUAUUGCGCCGCUCAAUUUGCGAAUAAGAACCCCUUCCGAUGUCAUACAGCGCUGCUUCGCCUGUCAUCACUUUGCCCGUGCCUCCCCAUAAAAUAUGACAACAGUCUGAGAAGCAUCCGCGCACCCUGGGCCUGUUAAGCGAUUCUUCAUCCACACCGUAUCAGAUUGACGAUACCCAGUGAUCUCAUGCUGUAUGGCAAGAGUGACUGC